AUGGCUGCCCGGUGCCGGCUUGCUGCGCGCUUCCACCACAUCCACGGCGCCAACAUCCGCCUGGAUGCCUCACACACGCAAGCCACGCGGGUGGAGAGCUUUGCCAACGGGCUCUGCUUCAGCCAGGAACCUCUGGCACCCGGGCAGAUCUUUCUGGUGGAGAUUGAGGAGAAGGAGCUGGGCUGGUGCGGGCAUUUGCGCGUGGGACUGACAGCCCAUGACCCCCAGAGCCUGGAGGUAGUGCCUGAGUACUCGCUGCCGGACCUGGUCAACAUGGGCGACACCUGGGUGUUCGCCAUCACCCGGAACCACAACCGUGUGGUGGUGGAGGGAGAGGAGGUGCAGGCGCGGGGGCGUCCCUGGGAGCCCUUCCUGCUGAUCGAGCGGGUGCGGAUCCCCCGUGACACGCUGGUGGGGCGCAGCCGGCCCGGCCGCUACAGCCACAUCCUGGAUGACUUGUACAAGAUGAAUGUGCUGCCCGCGACCGCCCGGCGCAGCCGCAUCGGCGUGCUGUACGCCCCGCAGCCCGACGGCACCGCUGACAUGCACAUCGUCAUCAACGGCGAGGACAUGGGGCCGAGCGCCAGGGGCCUGCCCGCCACCCGCCCGCUCUACGCCGUCAUUGACGUCUUUGCCUCCACCAAGAGUGUCCGGGUCAUCCCGGUGGAUUAUGGCUUUCCUUCCCUGCAGACGCUGUGCCGGCUGGUUAUCCAGAAACACAUUGUGCACCGCCUGGCCAUCGAUGGCCUGGACCUGCCCCCGCUACUCAAGAGCUACUGCCAACAUGAGUGAGGUAUCGAGGGUGCUGCUGGGCUGCCCCCCACAUCAACAGCCCCCCCGUGAUGGCUGCCCGGCAGGCUCUGUGCCCCUCCCUGCCCACUCGCCCCACCAUGUGCUGCUGAAGGGCUGACAUGAGAGCAGGGCAAAGUGGGGUUGGGAUUUUCCCCACACUGAUGGUGUGGCAUGCCCAGAGCACGGGCAGGGGGGUUGAUGUGGGUCCGAGAAAGCAAUAAAGUGCUUCCAGACAA